CUGGAACUGGUUUGGGAGGAGGCUGAUGAAGGACCCCAGAGAGGGACCCCAGCAAGGUCACAGAGCUGGCUGGUGAUGUGGCAGGACUUGGCCUCAGACAUCUUGGUUCCUGGUUAAGGCAAUGGCAGGGAUCCCAGGCUUUCCUGUCCUCUCCGGGAAGCCAGAGCUGGAGUGCGCCAUUCCCAGGGAAGGAGCGCCCUCUAGUGCUGGGGAGAGGGAAGGCUGGAGGAAGGGACCGCGCCAGAGGCCAAGUCUGGAGGAGAAGGAGCUGCCAGCCAAUGAGGAGGGAGCAGGCUGCACCCUGACCUGCUGGGCUGGGACAGCGCAGGGUCCACAGGACUGCCGCUUGCCUAAGGGCUGCUAAACAUACGGUUCCCAUCGGUGUGCUGGGCCCCUGUGAGGAUGCUGCCCUGGCUUCUCAUCUUCUCUGUUUUGGGUCUCCAGUCCUGUGCUGUUUCCUCCUGGGACAAAGCACACACAACACAGGUGUCGGAGGGUCUGCAGGCCUUGUUUGGCAACAUCUCCCAGCUCAUUGAAAAAGGCAAACUCGGUCUUGAUGAUGUCUUCUCCAUGGUCUCUCGCAAGGAAUGGGGGGCAGAAGCUGUUGGCUGCAGCUCUCAACUGAUCAUGCCGGUGGAUGUCCUCGUCACACAUCAUGUCCCUGGGCUGGAGUGCCACGACCAGGCGGUUUGCAGUCAGAGGCUGCGGGAACUGCAGGCCUAUCAUGUCCACAGCAACAGUUGGUGUGACGUGGCCUACAACUUCCUGGUCGGGGACGAUGGCAGGGUGUAUGAAGGUGUUGGUUGGAACGUCCAAGGCUCGCACACCCAAGGCUACGGCAACAUUUCCCUGGGCGUCGCCUUCUUCGGCACCAAGGAAGGCCUCAGCCCCAGCCCUGCCGCCCUGUCAGCCAUGAAGGACCUGGUCUCUUAUGCUGUGCAGAGGGGACACCUGUCACCUAGGUACACCCAGCCACUUGUUGUGAGAGGCGAGAGCUGCCUGGCUCCUCCCCCAAAGGCAAGGCUGAGGCACGCUUGCCCUAGCAUUGUCCCUCGGUCUGCUUGGGGGGCCAGGGAGACCUACUGUCCCAAGAUGACCCUUCCUGCUAAGUACGUGGUCGUCCUCCACACUGCUGGGAGGACCUGCGGUGUGUCUGACGAGUGCCGCCUGCUGGUGCGAGACCUCCAGUCCCUCUUCAUGGACAGACGCCAUGCCUGCGACGUGGGGUAUAACUUCCUCGUGGGCCAGGAUGGGGCCGUUUAUGAAGGGGUUGGCUGGAAUGUUCAAGGCUCCCGAACCCCUGGCUACAAUGACAUUGCCUUGGCCAUCUCGUUCAUGGGCACCUUUACAGGUACUGCGCCCAAUGCCUCUGCGCUGGAGGUGGCCAAGGACCUGAUCCAGUGUGCUGUGGUCAAGGGAUACCUGGCCCCCAACUACCUGCUGGUAGGCCACAGUGAUGUGGCCAAUACUCUGUCCCCGGGACAGGCUUUGUACAACAUAAUCAAGACUUGGCCUCACUUCAAACAGUGAGGGAGGCCCCAGCUCCUGAGGCCGCUCAACCUGCUGCUAGGUCUCUGUCCCCACCUCCCACCCAUCUGUGUCCCCCUCCCCUGCAAGUCCCACCUUGCCUCCCUUUCGCAGGUUGGGGUGAUACAGUCCUUUCCUACUACCGUCCUGCAGCAUCCUGUAGGUUGGGCCCUCACGGCGCUCCACGUCUGGGCCCCACUUCCCCUCUCUUCACCUUCUUCAUCCCUGGGCACCUCCUGCUCAGCCGGGAGAGUUGAUGGGCUGGUCCUCUGCCUGGUGUGCCUUCCCCCGAGGUCUGCCUGGAAGCUGCCGGCCCUCACCCAUCGCCAGGCCCGUGCGCCCACUCCUUCCCUCUGCCCACACGUUGACUUGUACAGACUCGGGUGCAGCUGUUACUGAAGGGCUGUCAUUAUCAGAGUGGUUUCUGUCCUCUCUCCCAGACUAUGAGCUCUCCAAGGGAAGGAGCUGAGAUUUAUUGUCCCUUUGUCUUGUGUCAGUUCCUUACCCAUGUCUGGAAUUUAGUAGGUCCCUUAGGUGUUUGUUGAAGAAAUGGAUGAAAGAGUGGACGGGGUUCCUGGUCACCUGGCCAAUUUGCUCCAUCAUCUUCUCUUUGGGAAGCCCCCUGGGAUGGUGCCCUGGUCCACCAGUAUUCUCUCUUAGUCUGAGGCUCCGAGCUGGCUCUGGGGGCUUUUCUGUACUGAGUGCUAUUGUGGAGAGCCAUUCUCACGCGUGACUGGGCGACUCCCGGUUUGGGCCUGAGGCUUCUGGCUGUGUCGGAACUUUCCUGGCCCUCUCCUGAUGAGA